UGUCCCUCUCAGGUGGUCUUUGCGACGGACGAGUGGUUCGCUCCGGCCCGGAACCUGCUGAAGAGCGAGCCGCCGCAGUUCCUGCCGUCCGUCUUCACCGAGUUCGGAAAGUGGAUGGACGGAUGGGAGACGAGGAGGAAGAGAGUCCCCGGACAUGACUGGUGCCUAGUCCAGCUGGGCGUCCCCGGACGUGUCCACGGCAUCGAUGUGGACACGUCCUUCUUCACAGGGAACCACUGUCCUCAUGUCUCCAUCCAGGGAGGCUGUCUGGAGGACACGCCCACCUUCACCCUGGACGGCGACCGGACCGGCAUGGCGGCGUCGGACAGUCAGAUGGCUGCUGUUGCCACGCUGGGCUCGGGGGCGUGGCCUCAGCUGGUGGGCGUGGCCCCGCUGCAGCCUGGCAGCCAUCACUUCUUCAAGGUGGAGUUCAGCAGCAGAGUCACUCACCUGAGGGUCAACAUGUUCCCGGAUGGGGGCAUUGCCAGACUCCGGGUCUACGGCGUUGGACAGAGGGACUGGUCCUCCGUCUCCUCCAAUCAGCUGCUGGACCUGCUGGCUCUGACCAAUGGAGGCGUCUGUCUUGGCUUCAGCGACGCCCACUUUGGACAUCCUCGCAACAUGAUUGGUCCUGGACGAGCUGCCAACAUGGCCGACGGAUGGGAGACCGCCCGGAGACUGGACCGUCCCCGAGAGCUGAAGGUGGACCGGUCUGGGAUCCUGCAGGUUCCGGGUUCUGAGUGGGCCGUGUUCCGUCUGGGCCACCGGGGCCGGGUCAGCAGGGUGGAGGUGGACACCACCCACUUCAGAGGGAACUCCCCGGACUCGUGCCGGGUCGAGGCCUGCAGUCUGGACGUGGGGGACGAGUCCUGGUCCUCAGCUGAGUGGGACGUCCUGCUGCCUCCUCAGAAGCUCCGCCCCCAUCACAGGCAUCACUACGGAGAGGCGGAGCUCAGGCUCAACCGGCCAAUCAGCCACGUCCGCGUCGUCAUGGCGCCGGACGGAGGCAUCAGCCGCCUCCGGCUGUGGGGACGGAUCGCCGCCGCGCCGGCCAAUCAGGAGAGGCCGGCGUCCAAACUGUGAGCGCAGCCGGACGGCGGCGUCCAGACGGCGGCGGCGUCCAGACUGUGGACACGUCCA